AUGCUGAAAAUUGAAGUUCGUGGCCCAAAGUGUGCACGUAGGUUGGCAGAUUACCUCGCAGAACUGAAAGAAGAUGCAGGAAUAAAGAAUAUUAUGGUUUUGGAACGGGUUUCAAUGGCUGGGAAGCCUCUGGUAGACCUGUUUGUCGAUGCACCAACAUCCCAUGCAAGAGUGACUGCGCAUAGAAAGCUAUUGAAUUCGAUCCUCCUCCAAGGGAAGCUAUUACCAUUGUCAUAUAAAUAUAUAGUACGUAAUUGCACGACUAAAGGCUAA